GUCGAGACGGCAUAGUCCCUACACCAUCAGCCAUGGACCAGUCGGUGCAGAGGAGCGUAUCGAAAGGACACGGGAGGACGGGGUCGGGGGUGAGGACUUCGAGGCCUAGGUCGUCCACCAAGGGUCCGCUCGACGCCGACGAAACUCCUGUACCCUCGCCUACCCCUUCGCAGGCGGCCCGCUUCGGCGCCAUCCAUCCCCAGCCGAGCUCGCGGGCGAGCACGCCUCUCGGCCGGCUGUCCUCGCCCGCCCCCGCGCCGAGGUCUCCAGCCCUGUCCACCCGCGGCGCCCCCCUCACGUCUAGAGACUUCUCGUUCCUGAUGCGGCCCGAGAUCUUCCACCAGCUGUCGCCGCUGACGGUGCCGGCCCCCUUCCGCAGCGGCCUCCCGGGGCUAGCACAGCCCACGCCCGACACCCCCAUUCCCGAGCUCUUGCGCGGCGGCCACUUCCGGGCGGCCGCCAUUGCUGCUGCUCAGGCCUUGACGAGCCCCACGGCCGACCCGACCGAUCACGCCACCGUACUCGAGCUGCUGUAUGUGCGUCUUGCUUGCCUGUGCCUCAUCGACGCCGCGCCUCUCGCUGCCCACGAGUCUAAGGCUCUCGAGGACCUCAACUCCGCCUUCUACCUCGACCCCUUGACCGGCGCCCACCUCGUUCCCUGGGAGCUGCGCAUCCUCGGCGUGCGCCUCCAGGCCAUCGGCUUCGGCGACCCGCGCCGCGCCGUCAUGAGCUACUACGACCUCGCGCGAGACGCUCGCGCGCACAUCGCACGCGCCGCCGCUAGUAAGGAGAAGGAUCGCCACGCCACGGCUGCCCUCUGGAGGUGGAGGCUCGCCGACCUGGGUGUCCGGGUUGCCGGCGCGCUGAUCGAGAUGGACGACCUGGCCGGGGCGGUGGAGCAUCUCGCUACCUUAGGGGGCAACGGCGGUGGGGAAGGCAGCGACGCGAGGCUAGCGAUGAGCCGCGCCCUGCUGUGGCUGCAUCUCGGCGACGUCGAGGCCGCGAGGCAGGCGGUGGCGGAGGGGAAAGGAGGAGAAACGAGCGAGAGUAUCGUCGACGCGCUAGCAGACAUGGCGGAUGGCGAGUACGGCACCGCGCUGGACAAGUGGAGAGCGUUGAAGGACGCGAUGGAGAAGGACGGCGUGCACGACGAGAUGGUCGGUGUGAAUACGGCUGUCUGCCUGCUCUACACGGGCAACAUGGGUCAGGCGAGGGAGUGCCUAGAGAGUUUGGUCGACGCGGGCCAGCUGUCGCACACGACGCUGUUCAACCUGGCGACCACGUACGAGCUCUGCACCGACCGCCACAAGAACCUCAAGACGCAGCUGGCGGAGCGCGUGGCUGCGCGGGAGCCGACGCCGCUCGGGUGGGAGAAGACGAACGCCGACUUUAAGCUGUGAGGAGAAAUGCCAGCCGCGUCUUAUCUCCAGUGAUCAAAGAUUUGGUAUGCAUCGGGGUUGCGGUUACGGGUAUCAGGGGUGGCGGGUGGCCUCCGUGUGGUCGUCAGACUGAAGGUAUCGGCACAGAUUGUUCCGGUACGCGUACAGGCGUUCACUGGGGAUAUUCUGCCUGCGUGGGCGGCCGGGCUGCGAGGAGAGGCAGCGCGAACUUUAGGUGUUUACCGUAAUUAUU